GUUCGGUAUUUUAUUCUGUCUCGAGCGGAAGUGACGUCGAUACUUUCAGUUUCCUCCAGACUGCAGUAAAAUCCAGCCAAGACGUGAACAAGUCAACACAUAAAAUGGAUUUCCUUGUGUCGGCCACGGUGGAUCUGACUGUUUUCCACGAUGAGGCCAAAGUGCGAGAGCUCUUCAGGUCACAUGACUUUGUGACGACAGAUGUGAGUAGAGGUCAGUUGUCUGUCAAGGGAUCAUUUUUGAAGCUCAAAGCUGUGAAGGCCCAUUUGGAGCAGCUUGAUUCUCAAAUCCAGACCGAGAUGCCUCCUCUGUGCUCAUCUUCUCGAGUCCAGUCGUUUACCCCUGGAGCGAUUUCCAAAUCCUACACCAACAAGAGCAGUCCAGGCUCAGGUGAUAACACAGGCAGGUUUUGGUCUGGAGACGACCCUCGGCACGUUUCUCCACCGUCAUCAAACACUUGCAGUGAUUCAACCUCUUCAGAGCAGAGAAAUUCCUUUUCUCCUGGAGCAGUUCAACAUACUUCAGUCAGACGUGGAAGUCAUGAGUCGUUUGUAGUUGAUAUAGACGUGUACCGUUACGCAGCGCAGAUCAAGAGCAAAGACUUUGACUCUAUUGUAGAGAACCAUAAAGUUCAGAUCAUAGUGCGUCAAUUUGCCGAUAACGCAAACAUCAGUCUACAGGGGAGGAACGCAAAGAUGGCUGCCACUGAACUCCAGAGGCUCCUGAAGGGUCUGAACAGUUCACUCCGCACACAGGAAAUUCUCCUGAAGGACAUGAAUCGUGAAGGCAAAGUGCUUCUGCAGAGGAUUCAGAAAAACAACAACAUUCAGGACACUGUGCUCGUGUGUGAGAUGAGCGACAGACUUCGCCUCAUCGGGCCGUCGAGCGAGAGUUACGAGGUGAAGCAGGAGCUGCUGGGGAGACCGGUCCAGCAGUCGCAGCGUGCGGGGAGAACGCUCGAGAAGAAAUCCAGGUGGAGGAGCCGCUCUCUGCCACCAAUCAACCGACAGAACAAUGAAAGAGAGGGCUGGGCCUUUUCUCAGCCAUCACCUGUAGGUGCUGUAGGAUACUCGCCAUCACAGGAAGUUGUCAAGGUCGGGCAGGAAGCAGGAGCUCGUCCUGGUGUAGCUUUGAGGAGAGUCCACUCUGAGACGCGUGGAAGGAAAACAGAAGAAAAGACCAACGUUAUUGUUCAAGAGAAGGAAAACAAACUUAAAAUUCCAAAUUACAAGCCGUUACUAGAUUUAAAGAACAAUAUAAAACAAAAGUUUAAAGGUUUGAGAAAAUGAAAAGGUUCUGGAAU